GGGUCGGUGGGAGAGGAGGGAGGGGCGGGCCGCCCCCCACCGCGGCCGCGUUGCCGCCGGGCCUCCCCCGCCCGGCCCUGCCGGGAGAGCGGCCGGGCACGGGGCUGGCCCGCCCCGCCGCGCCCGGAGCCGCUUCGUGUGCGAGCGGCGGAAAAACGUGGGGAUUCCGUGCUCGAGCGAGGCGAGCGGCGGCUGCAGCGCCGUGCCUGCCCCGGGCAGGGUGCAGCGCUGGCCGGGCCGCCCGGCUCCAGCCUCCCGCACGGCCGCGGGCUGCUCCAGCUCAGCGAACACUGGAGCCACCGCAAACCCACCGAGACACAGCACUGCCUCACUGAGGAUUUUUUCCUAACUGCGGGCUAGUAUUAAAAAUUGAGUGAGAACCCACUCUGUUAAAAAAAAAAAAAUAUAUAUAUAUCAAAAGUUCGUUUUGACAGCAUUUUUCCUCUCCUGAAGACAGCACUCACACUUGGUAUUAUAGACAAUCAUGAUAGAAUAUGCUGAGUUGGAAGGGACCCACAAGGAUCACGCAGUCCAACUUUUGUCUCCCGCACAGGACACUCCAAGAAUCCCACCACGUGCCUGUGAGAAUGGUGUCCAAACGCUUCUUGAACUCUGCCAGGCUUUGGUGCUGUGACCACUUCCCUGGGGAGCCUGCUCAAACACCUUCUGGGGGAAAAACAUUUUUCUGAUAUCCAGACUAAACCUCCCCCAACUCAGCUUCAUACCGUUCCCUUCAGUCCUGUCACUGUCGGUGGAGGGAAGAGAUCAGUUGCUCCACUUCUCUUGAGACAGCUGUAGAAUGCAAUGAGGUCUCCCCCUAACUCUCCUCUAGGCAGAACAGACCACGCAGCUUCAGCCACUCCUGUGGCUUCCCCUCUGGACCCUCCACUAUGUUUGCAGCCCUCCUUUGGACACUUUCUAAUAGCUUUGUAUUUUUCUUACAUUGUGGCACCCAAAACUGCACACAGGACAGGGGGUGAGGCCACACCAGCACCGAGGAGAGCAAGAGUGUCUGUUCAAUGCUACUGUUAAUGUGAUUGUUUUUUUUUUUCUCUUCCCCUCUAAAGGAAGGUUUUCUCCUUGGAGAUGUGAAAGGUGAAGCCAAGAACAGCAUUACAGACUCACAAAUGGAUGAUGUUGAAGUUGUUUAUACAAUCGACAUACAGAAGCAUAUUCCAUGCUACCAGUUGUUCAGAGUGUAAUAGGAUGGUACAAAUUCAGACGUAACACAGACCAGACCAUGACAUUCCGGGAAAGAGUUCUUCAUAAAAACCUGCAGUCACACCUAUCAAAUCAGGGGCUUGUAUUCCUCCUUUUAACCUCUAGUGUGAUGACAGAAAGUUGUUCUACUUACAGAUUGGAGCAUGGUCUACAUCGGCCUCAGGAAGGUCUUUUCCAGAAAGUCCCUUUGGUUGUUACCAACUUGGGCAUGGCAGAACAGCAAGGUUACAGAACAGUGUCCAGUUCCUGUGUAUCCUCUGGUUUUGUGAGAGCCGUGAGACAACACAGGUCAGAAUUCUUCCAUGAAGAUGGGUCCCUACAAGAGGUUCAUAAGAUAAAUGAGAUGUAUGCCACCUUGCAGGAGGAACUGAAGAAAAUAUGCGUUACAGUAGAAGUCAGUGAACGAUCUGUAGAGAAACUCUUAGCAGAGGUGAGCCAAUUAAAAGAAGAAAUAAAGAGGAAAAAGCAACAAAAUUGUUCAGGAGAAGACAAAAACCACCCAGCAGAGCCAAAGGAGAAUGUUCUUCUUUGCCAGGCACUACAAACAUUUUUCCCCAAUUCCAGACUUCAGACAUGCAUUGUUUCCUUCAAAGGCCAACAAAUAUCCAAGAACUGCUGUAACACAGACCAUCACAUUAAUGUCAUGGACAAACUGACUCUCAUGGUAGAGGAAAGAGACUUCACUGAAGCUGAAGUAAGGCAUCUAAACAAGCGUAAGGUCAGGGGGACCACAUCUGUUUCAAAGUCAUCCAAGAAGUCCAGAUCAUUGCAGCUUCACCAAGAACCAUUUCAAGACCAAGAGGACAGUGACCAGGAAAGGAAGCUUAUACUGAGUAGCACUGAAACAGAUGAGGAUGCGUUUGAAAAAACCAGAGGUGCAGAAGAAUACCCACACUCUCCUACUUUCUGAUCUGUCAGAUGACUUCACACCAGAAGCUACUGCUCGUGUAUUCCAGUGAUAUACCAAUCUCUUGCACUGCAAGGAUGUAUGUAACAGGGCAUUUUUGCAGGUUGUUCUUUUUUCCCUAGUGCACGAAUCCUGUUCAGCAUAAAGAUAAAUCCAAGAUGAUAUUUCCUCACUUGACCUUCCAGAGUUCCACCAGUCUUCUCUCUCUCAAGGUUCAAAUCCUAUGCCACAGGAUGCUAUCAGUCAGAUAAGCACGUCACAUGCUGCCUCAAAGUGAUACAACUUCAAGCUGCUGGUGAAGAUGCAGGGAGCAUCAAAUGAACACAUUACAGAAUUAGCUGUCUACGUGAACUGCCACAGUUUAAAUACAUCAAUUUAUCCUCAGGAAACCAGUGCUUAUUUACUUCUCCACAUCUUACAACCCAGCAAGGGGAAAACCAGCCACCUGAGCUUUAGCAAGACUGCUGAGCAGAGGAAGGGGUCCACAGUGCAUAUAGCUGCCAGUUUCUAUUAUUGCUUUAAUCUUCCUUCAGACAAUGACUUUCAGAGACUUCAUGAAGAAAAAUAGAAGAAUGACUGACAUCCACUCCUCAGUCAACCACACAUUAUGCUAGCAAACCACAUUUCCAGCAAACAAGUAUAUAAACAUGAAAAACAGUUUUAUUGUUUAUUUCUGUACAGCAUAUCACUCUGGAUACUUGAUGUUACAUAGCUUGGGGUCUGUGAGAAAUUGUGGGUUCUUAAACAUAACUGGCAUAAAUCCUGUUAAAAAAAUAGAUGGAGGUGUUCUUAGUAGAAAAGUAGCCUUGAGUUAGAAAAUUCAAAAGCAAAAUCAUACUUACCAAAUACAUGAGCUCUUUUAAUGGC